CCAUUUUCUCUUGGUGUGCUCUGGAAACCGCGUGUCUGAAUUAAGCCUUCCCCCCGUCUGCCAGUCUGCCUGUGAUAUAUGCACCCGGACUAGCGGUGCAGGGAGAUGCAGAAAGACAACAGUACAAUCUCUCACGGGUACCCGUGGGGUGAGGCAGCCGAGGGCAUGCCGCUUUUCAAUAGUUCUGCCGAGUACGGCCAUUCGGUCGCCCCGGGCAACAUCACGCAGUCCACAGGCCCCGCGGCCCAGUCUCUGAUGGCCUAUAGAAACGAACCAGUAGAGUCUCUGCGCGAGCAGAGCCACGAAGCAUCUCCAGAACUCUCACGGACCGUCACGCGACUGUCCCCAUACGAGAGUCACCCCAGAAAGAGCGGACAGGGUGAAAGCAGCGUGCCGGCGAACGGCACCUCCCACCCUUAUAUACAUGGGCCUAGCACGGCGCCGCCCAGCAGCAUCCCGACGCAACUGGGCGGGGAGCCGCAGUCUCAAAUCCUCAUGGCGGUGUCCCCUGAGCCCCACCAGCCAGGAAGGCAAAGACGCGUGGCGGAAACCAAACGGGCCGCGCAGAACCGGAGCGCCCAGAAGGCGUUCCGAGAGCGCAGGGAAAAGUACGUCAAGGGCCUCGAGGCCACGGCGGCCCAGGCGGCACAGUUGCAGAAAACUGUGGGCCAGUUGCGGGAGGAAAACGCCAAGCUACGAGAGCAGAACUUCGCCCUAGAAAGCAAACUCAUGGCGUUGACCGCGGCCGGCACGGGUGCCCUUCCAUAAGGCUCGGGUCUGCGCUGGAGACUGUUUUGGCCGGGCGCAAGCUGUUUUGAGGGACCGGGCCCGGGCCGGCAACGCUGGCGUAUUCCAGGGAGGGUUCUGCCGGCCCGUACCAGACUUCUGCACUGGUUCAGCCGCGGCCCGCCGCACUAAUACCUCCACCCUUUCCCACUUCUUUCCUUUUUUUUUCUAAUUUUUUUUUCUCUUUAUCGCUUCCUG